AUGGUUGGGAGUAUGAUUGUUGAUACCCUAACUCUGGGUCCCGUAACUACUUCGUGGGUUUGUUUAAAUUGUCUGUUGGAUAUUUAUGGUAAGAGUUUUAUGAUGGACUUAGUUUGUUUACCAUUAAAUAAACCCGGUGUUAUCCUUGGAAUGAUCUGGUUGGAGUUCAACCAUGUUCCUAAAAAUUGUUUAGACAAGACAAUAUCAUUUCAAGAGUUUGAUGCUAGUGAUGACUUGUUCAUUUCUGCUAAGCAAGUGGACGAGUCUAUGAAAGGUGACGCUGAAGUAUUUAGGAUAUUAACUUCUAUGAAGGUUGACAGCAAAGAUUCAACUUGUGAAUUACCAGUGGUGUGUGAAUUUCUAGAAGUGUUUCCAGAUGAUAUCAGUGAUUUGUCGCGAGAGCAUAAAGUUGAGUUCGCUAUAGACCUAGUACUUGGUACUAGUCCUGUGUCGGUGGAUCCUUAUAGAAUUUCUACUUCAAAGUUGAGUGAUUGGAGAAGCAAUUGGAACAACUGCUUGAGAAGAAGCUUGUUCGACCGAGUGUUUCACCAUGGGGAGUGUCGGUGUUAUUGGUAA